CUUUCACAAGUGCUAGCAAACAUGUUGCAUAUUUCGUAACUUUAAACUAAGUUUGCGGUAAAAAUACAUUACAAAGUGUGCAGAAUGUGACACACGAGCGUAUAAAUGUGUGUAUUAUACCUGUUACCGCUAUCAACCAGAACGGUGUAUCCAACGAGCGUCGAGCACGUAACAGAUCGAACCAAACGAUGAGAAACUGUCCGGAGAAUGUGGGAAUCUUGGCGCUGGAGAUUAUCUUCCCGUCGCAGUAUGUCGACCAGACGGAGCUGGAAGUAUUUGAUGGUGUGUCUGCUGGGAAGUACACAAUCGGAUUAGGCCAGAGCCGGAUGGGAUUCUGUUCCGAUCGCGAAGAUGUCAACUCGUUAUGUUUGACAGUGGUGAAGAAUCUGCUGGAUCGUCAAAAUGUUCCACUGUCUAAGAUUGGCCGUCUGGAGGUAGGCACGGAAACCAUCGUGGACAAGUCGAAAAGUGUGAAAUCGGUGUUGAUGCAAUUAUUUGGCCCAGACGGGUUGACCAAUCUGGAAGGGAUCGAUACUAAAAAUGCAUGCUACGGAGGUACGGCAGCGCUGUUCAAUGCUGUGGAUUGGGUGGAAUCUUCGAGCUGUAAAGGCCGAUUAGCGCUGGUUGUUUGUGCUGAUAUUGCGGUGUAUGCCCAGGGAUCAGCACGUCCUACUGGAGGUGCAGGAGCUGUCGCCAUGCUGGUAGGACCAAAUGCUCCACUUGUUGUUGAGAGAGGACUUCGUGCAACUUUCAUGAAACACGCGUAUGAUUUCUACAAACCAGACCUCAGUUCGGAAUAUCCAGUUGUAGAUGGGAAACUUUCGAUACAGUGUUAUCUGAGUGCACUGGACAAUUGUUAUCAACUCUACAGGCAACAGUUCGCCCAAAGCAAUCCCAGUGCGAAGGAAAUUGAUUUGGAACAUUUUGAGGCCUUCAUUUUUCACACGCCCUAUUGUAAGCUUGUACAGAAAUCUUUGGCACGACUAGGUUUGAACGAUUUCGUUCUAACCUCUACUGAUCAACGAGCACUGAAAUAUCCUGGCUUCGAGCAGUUUGAAGGUGUGAAGCUUGAGGAGACAUAUUUUGAUCGAGAGGUAGAGAAGGCCUUCAUGACUUAUUUCACCCCAGUAUUCAAUGCGAAAACAAAACGAUCUCUGCACAUCGCUAACCAGGUAGGCAACAUGUACACACCAUCUGUGUACGGUGGUUUGGUAUCACUGCUUAUCAAUAGUGACGAUACGGAACUAAUCGGCAAGAAGGUGGGUGUUUUUUCCUACGGAUCUGGACUUGCUUCAACAAUGUAUUCAAUUGCUAUCACCUCCAAUCCGCAAGAUCUCAGCUCUCUGAAAGAUCAGCUCAGCUAUGUACAGCCGUUACUGAAUGCCAGGCGCAAAGUUUCACCGGAACAGUUUACCAAGCUGAUGGAAAUCCGUGAAGCCAACAAUCAUACCGCACCCUAUGAGCCAUCAGGUAGUAUUGAAGCGCUCUUUCCCGGUACUUAUUACCUCAAAUCAGUGGAUAAAAUGCAUCGUCGGUUGUACGAACGUGUUCCACCGUCAGAAAACCCUAACAAGCCAACAAAUCUACCCGUUGAGACCAACCACGUGCACGAAAGCUUGCCUACGCAAUCGUGGCCCAACAAUGUUGGCAUUUUGGCGCUGGAAGUUAUUUUCCCCUCGCAAUACGUAGACCAAACUGAACUCGAAGUGUAUGAUGGUGUUUCCGCUGGGAAAUAUACGAUCGGUUUAGGUCAGAGCCGGAUGGGCUUUUGCUCCGAUCGAGAAGAUGUCAAUUCACUAUGUCUGACGGUGGCCAACAAUCUGCUGGAACGUCAUCAGAUUUCCCACUCGCGAAUUGGUCGGUUGGAAGUUGGAACCGAAACUUUGGUUGAUAAAUCGAAAAGUGUGAAGACAGUGCUAAUGAAGUUGUUUGAAGAACACGGAGUGUCAAAUUUGGAGGGAAUCGACACAACGAACGCUUGCUACGGCGGAACUGCGGCCUUGUUUAAUGCUGUGAACUGGGUCGAAUCAUCGAGCUGUAAAGGUCGGCUGGCACUUGUUGUUUGUGCGGAUAUUGCCGUAUAUGCAGAGGGGACAGCGCGGCCCACUGGUGGGGCCGGUGCAAUCGCUAUGCUAGUGGGACCGAAUGCACCGUUGACCAUUGAUCGAGGACUUCGUGCCACUUUUAUGAAGCAUGCGUACGAUUUUUACAAGCCAGAUUUAAGCUCGGAAUAUCCGGUUGUCGAUGGAAAACUAUCCAUACAGUGCUAUCUGAGUGCGCUGGAUAAUUGCUACCAGCUGUACAGAGAGCUUUACGCUGAACAGAACCCGAACGCCAGUGCGAUUAACCUAAGCCACUUUGAUGCCAUCGUUUUUCAUACUCCGUACUGUAAAUUGGUUCAGAAAUCUCUGGCACGCCUUGGUUUGAAUGAUUUUGUUCUGACUCCGGCAAGUCAACGGGCAGCAGUUUACCCUGGAUUCGACCAGUUUCAGGAGGUCAAACUCGAAGAAACGUAUUUUGACCGGGACGUUGAAAAAGCUUUCAUGACAUAUUUCACUCCAGUGUUCAACGCAAAAACGAAGGCCUCUCUGCAUCUAGCCAAUCAAGUUGGCAAUAUGUACACUCCAUCCGUGUACGGAGGUUUAGUGUCACUUCUAAUCAACAGUGACGUGAAGGAACUAACUGGUAAAAAGGUGGGUGUCUUCUCUUACGGUUCCGGUUUGGCGUCGUCGAUGUACUCCAUCUCCGUAAGCUCGAAUGCAGAAACCGUCGCUACAUUCAAGGCUCACCUCAACUACGUACAGCCACUGUUGGAUUCCAGACAAAGAGUAGCACCCGAAGAAUUUACUCGCUUGAUGGAGAUCCGUGAAAAGAACAACCACGCGGCCCCUUAUGAACCGAGCGGAUCGGUGGAUGUCCUGUUUCCUGGAACGUACUAUCUUAAGACGGUCGACAAAAUGCACAGGCGCAGCUAUGACCGUACUCCGACUAGGACGAAUUGUGCCAAUUGUACUUCCUAGUGACUGGUUGUUGGGAUACAGUUGGGAAGGGACGGGAAGGGUGACGUGUUUAGGAAAAGUAUGACAAUAUCUAUAUAUCUGGCUAUAUUUUUUGUGAAAAAAGUAGGAUUUUUAAUAGCAUACAUUAUUCGGAAAGGAGCAGUAAUUGUUAUGUUUGAUGGGUAGUAUAAAUUUUUAUAAUAAAUUAUUUAAUUUGUUGCUCAUGAUUUGAAUCCGGUGUUUAUCAAGGUUGCUUUCGACAGUCCAUGAUUGUGUAUGAGUUUUUACUAUGAACUUAAUUUCUUUAGAAGACUGAUCGGUCAUAUAUUGUGGGAUUUCACUAGUAGCUGACAAAUAACGACAGAUAAUAAUAAUUCAGGAUCAACUGAUGCUUUAUAGCGGAACACAAUUCCCACUUAUAAUGGUAGUUAGGUAUACAUACUAAUUGCUAGUUAAAUUUGACCCCAAACAGUCACCACAUUUUAUUCGGCACGUUUUUGUUCAACUCAGGUACGACGGGUGACGCUGAAGGUACGUGCAGAAAAAAAAUCAUUCAAACAUUCUUUUCGCUAUGGUAGAAAUCCAAUAGGUACUGGGAGAUGCUCGUUAUUAUUUAUAACUAAAAUAGAAGUUAGUUUUCGCUCAAGCGACUCCUCUAAUAUACCAAACUGUCGAGAAACGCAACGUAAAUCUUUCUCUAUGUUGCAGUCUUGGACAUGCAAUAAAACUUUUCGCGCUAUUGAUCUUUGUA